CAACCGCCCCGCGAACAGUUCACCACCGGCUCGGGGCUCUUCUUCUUCCUCAAUUCUUUAGUCUGCUGGAGUAGCAUGCACCCGGGGGCUCUGUCCGUGUGCUUUGAAGUCGACGCAAGCCUGCUACUACUAGCUAAGCGUCCUCUCCUUCCGCCCUGCACUGCUCCUCCCCACCGAGAUGAUGGACGAAGAUAGCAGCUACAUUCCCCCCAAAACCAGCAGCUCGCUCGAGUAUGUCGCAACCGACGAUGUCAACGACCAAGCAGCCAAAUACGCAGUCAGCGACGCGAACAGCGACCGCGUCGCCUUCGCCGCCCGCGGACCUCAGUUAUCUUUCAACGAAGUCGACCGCGUGGAUUUGGCAGUCCGGGGGUUGACUGUAACUAUAUCACAGUCAAAACCAUUGCUACAGACCCUGGGGUUGAAGAAGACUAUGGCACCGACGCCGCCGAAAAAGAUUCUUGAUAACGUCUCGGUUGACGUUCCUGCAGGCACCGUGAUGGCGAUUAUAGGUGGUAGUGGUUCAGGCAAGACUUCACUUCUGAACGUCAUGGCACACCGAAUGAAAUCUUCAAAGCUCAAGGUCGAGGGCCAGGUCACGUUCAACCGACAGCCCGAUCUUCACAAAAUCAGACACGCCUACGUCCUCCAGCAGGACAUCCUCCUUCCAAUGCUCACUGCGCGGGAAACGCUCAUGUACUCUGCCGAUCUCAGACUACCCUCAACCACUACAAAAGAAGAGCGGCAUAAACUUGUUCAGGAAGUCAUCUUGGAAUUAGGCUUGAAGGAGUGCGCCGAUACCAUCGUCGGCGAUGGCGCGCACAAGGGACUUUCCGGGGGCGAGAAGCGGCGACUCAGCAUAGGCAUUCAGCUGCUCUCAAAUCCCUCUGUUUUGUUUCUUGACGAGCCUACAACUGGCUUGGAUGCCUACUCAGCGCUCUUACUAGUUCAGACUCUGAAGAAGCUAGCUAGGAAAGGACGCACGCUAAUCACCUCAAUCCACCAACCGCGCGCAGACAUCUUCUUUCUAUUCGACUCAAUCACGCUUCUUUCAAUGGGUCAACCCGUAUACUGCGGUCCAGUCAAGCCAUCGCUGGGAUACUUUGAGAACCUGGGUUUUACUUUCUCAGAACUGAUGAACCCUGCCGAUCUGUUAAUCGACAUUGCCGCGCACGACACUCGGUCGCCAGAGGCAAGGCUGGAGUCGGAUACGCGUAUAGAGAGUUUGGUUGCGGCGUGGCGGCGAACAGAGAAUUUCAAGCCCGUCGAGCUCGUUCCUGCGCCGCCGAAUUUGACGGAUGUGCAUGCGCCUUUCCUCAGGGAGAUCACGGUAUUGACCAAACGGACGGUCUUGAUUACGGUUCGCGAUCACAUGGGUCUCGUGGGCUCGUUAAUCGAAGCGGUUUUCAAUGGAAUCAUCUGCGGUUGGAUUUUCUACAGUCUCGAUAGCAGUACGACCGGUAUCAAGUCCCAGAUCGGGGCGGUCUACACCUCGAUCGCGACGCAGGGCUACCUGAUUCUCAUGUACGAAACCUACCGCCUCUCCUCGGUUGACAUUAAAGUCUACGACCGCGAACGCAACGAGGGUAUGAUUUCAAUCUCUGGCUUCCUGAUCUCACGCCGGAUGGCAAGACUUUUUCUCGAAGACGUGCCGGUCCCGCUCAUAUACUCUGUGAUUAUGUACUUCAUGACGGGCUUCCCAGCCGAACCCAAGCGGUUCUUCCUGUACUUUACCUGUGUAAUUCUUCAGCAUUAUGCGAGUAUUACGAUGGCGACCUUCGCGGUCUCGGUCUCGAGAGAUUAUUCGAUUGCGGUCUUAGUCGGAAACUCGUUCUCGACCGCGCAGACUAUGUCGUGUGGAUAUUUCUUGCAGACCCACAGUAUGCCGGUAUACGUGAGGUGGAUCAAGUGGGUGUGUUACCAGUUUUAUGGGUUUAGUGCGAUGUGUGCCACAAUCUUCUACGACUUCUUCGGAGACUGCCCGUACGGAGACGCAAGCACAUCAGCCUGCGCGUCCUAUACCGGCGACUACCAGCUAACCUCGCUAGGUAUCAAACCUGGCUGGAUCGGCGUUCCGCUAGUUGCUGUGCUGUGUCUCUGUCUAGCGACAUACCUCGGCGCGGCGGCGAUGCUGUAUUUCAAGCCUGUCGAUGUGUCGGUCGCGGCGAGCAAGACGGCGAAAGAAUCGUCGGUCGCGAAGGCGGAUGCUACGUUGACGGUCGUCGAACCCGUGCCCGAAAGUGAUCGGUUGACGGUCGACGUUGAGGAUUUGCAUCUGUCGAUUGAGAAAUAUAGUGCACGGUUGAAGAAAAAGCGGAUCGAUAUUCUGCGAGGUAUCUCUGCGCAGUUCCAGCCGGGCAGUAUAAACGCCAUCCUGGGCCCAUCGGGGUCCGGGAAAAGUUCACUGUUAAAUUUCGUUGCCUUGAGACUCAAUUCCUCGCUUCUUUCUCGGUACAUUGCGUCCGGCGCCGUUCUGCUAAACGGCCAGUCGCCGUCGCCUGCUGUACUGAAAGCGAUUUGCUCGUACGUGACGCAGGACGAUGACGGGCUGCUGCCUACGCUGACCGUGCGGGAGACGCUGAAUUUCGCUGCCGACCUGCGUCUUCCGCCGACGUUGACGAAAGCGCAAAGACGCGCGCGGGUUGCCGAGGUGAUUAACAAAAUGGGUCUUGCUGAGUGUGCAGACACGUUGAUUGGCAGCGAGUUCAUCAAGGGUAUUUCAGGAGGAGAAAAGCGACGGGUGUCGAUCAGCGUGCAGCUCCUGAACGAGCCGAAAGUCUUGCUUCUAGACGAGCCCACGUCCGGACUCGAUAGUUUUACAGCCGCGUCGAUACUGACGGUCCUGAAAGCGCUCGCGGACGAGGGACGCACGAUCGUCUGCACGAUCCACCAGCCGCGAUCGGAUCUGUACUCGUUCUUCCACAACGUGCUGUUGCUCGCGAAAGGCGGCAGGGUCGCGUACUCUGGCCCGGGAGGGGACGAGUUGCUGGACUAUUUCGCGGGGUGCGGGUAUCCGUGUCCGCCGCUGACGAACCCGGCGGAUCAUAUUCUUGAUAUGAUUUCUGUUAAUCUGCAGGAUCCGGUCAGCGAGGCCGAGACGCGGGAGCGUGUUGAUGCUCUGCUGUCUGAAUUUGCUCGACGACGGCAAGAGAAUCAGGAGAAGUCGAUCGUGGGCCGGUCGUCUUCUGUCCGGCUGGUCAAAGGAUACGACGGCGGCCAAGAUCUCGGGUCGCUCGGUCGACAAUCCGCCUCCUUUGCGCGGACGUUCCCGGUGCUCUGCCACCGCACGACGCUCGAUUUCAUGCGUAACCCGGCGAUCCUGAUCGGCCGGUUCGGACAAGUUGUCGGGUUCGGAAUCCUCAUGGCGCUCUUUUUCUCGCCGAUCAAGUCCGACUACAUCAGCAUCCAGAACCGGGUCGGCGUCGUGCAGCAGUUCAGCGCAAUGUACUUCGUCGGCAUGCUGUGUAAUAUCGCGACGUACCCCGCCCAGCGGGACUUGUUUUAUCGCGAGCACGACGACGGCGUGUACGGCGUGCUGUGCUUCCUUGUCGCGUACGCGCUGUUCGAGGUCCCGUUCGAGAUCGUCAACUCGCUCAUUUUCUCGUGCCUGAUGGUCCUCGUCACGGGAAUCAAUCGCACAGUAGGCAUGUACUUCUCCUCCGCGAUCUUCUGCUUCGUAAUCGUCAACUGCGGCGAAUCGAUCGGUAUCGCGUUCAGCACCGUCUUCCACCACCCCGGCUUCGCAGUCAACAUGAUCUCCGUCGCUUUAUCGGUCGGCACGCUGAUGAGCGGACUUAUGUCGUACAACAUGAUGGGGUUCUUGAAAGGCUUCAGUUAUAUAAACCCGCUCAUGUACGGCUCGAAAGCGUUGUUCAACUACGCGUUUGCGGGACGCACGUUCACGUGCUCGGACGCCUUGAAGGUCGACGGCGUGUGUCCGCUCGCGACGGGCGACCAGGUGAUUGAUGCCUACCAUAUGCGGAUUAACAAGGGGUUUUACCUCGGGAUGCUCAUCGUCACGGCAGUGUACUACAGGGUGUUGGCGAUGGUGACGGUUAAGUUGUUUAGGUUGCAGUUGGGGUUGACUUCUGGGGUGAAGUCUUCUACAACAGGGCAUCGCAAUAGUCUCAAAGCAGCCUCAGAGAAAAGUAGCAAGGUGGUUCAGAAGGAAGAGAAUGUUGGUUUAGAGAUAUAGACACGAUAAUGAGAUCACAG